ACGAUACCGUCCUUUCGUCCUGGUUGGUAUCGAUCGAAACCACUUGCUCUAGAUCAACCAGCUAGUCACUUCUACCUUCGAGUCGCACCAGAUCAGCUCGAAGCGCGAAGCAAAGAUGGACUCGAUCAUCGAGAUAUCCGACGGAGAGGAUUCACCGUUCGCAGGACCGAGCCGUCUAGGGUAUCAGACCUUUCUUGAUGAUGACGAAGUCGUAGUCUUGCCCUCUUCAGAUGGUCUCGAUGACCUACCCGAUCUCCGUACCCUCACUGCCAACCGGUCCAUCUUGCCAAAGACGUACCAACCCGUCUUGUCCGGAGGUCCGAUCGCGACGCAAUCGAGUGAUAUCGAUCAGUUCACUUCACCUAUCCAGCCGCCAAUCAAAGCCAAGCGUAAAGCUGCGGAUGUAGCUAUGCCCGCUCGGAAUCGACAACGUUCGACCGUGACUACCAACAGAUCUUCCAGCUCGUUAUCCCCCGUCCCGGAACCUGAAAUCGAACCUGAGCGGGCUUACAACCCUCCAUCGAGCCCCAUUCCUUUGCGGAAGAACCUUGUCAAGAAACGUACUAGGCCGGUAGAAAAGGAUCUAGGCCUCGAGACGGACGACCCGGUUGUCAAGAAGAGCCGGACGAAGGACAAGGAACAGGAAAAGGUCGACAAGGCUGCGGCGAAAGCGAGGCUGCAAGCGGAGAAGCAGGCGGAAAAGGUCAACAAGAAGCGGUCGACGGAGGUCAACAAGCUGCGAACAUCCAAAUCCGAGACUCUCCGCGAGAUCAAGAUGUACCUGUCGCACGAUCUUACCAUCGCUCCUUCUCCCGUAGCGGUGGUCCUGCCCGCGCUGCGGGACAAGUUCCGGGAGUACUUUUCCGAGAUCGAGCCGUUGGAGGAAGGAGGGUUUCCAGGGCUGAUCAAGUUUAAACGGAUCGUACGAGCCAAUUGGGACGAGGGACGAGGGAUCUGGAUACCCGUCGAUCAGGAAAAGGAAGGGUGGGUCGAGGAGGGGUUGGUCAUUGUGUUUAUUAAAGCGGACGAGCUGGUCGAGAAGAUACGGUUGCACCUGGAUAUCAAGGCAGGCAAGAGUCAACCGGGCGAUGUACCGCACGAGACGACCCUCGAAGGCUGGAUCGAGCAAUUGAAAGACGAUCUGAAAGUCACCUGUAAACCGUCUAGGUUGACGACCGAAGUGCCACCGGGCCAGAAACCGCCAACGUAUCCUAGGGACAGGGAAGGACUUCCCGGCAUCAUGCUCGUCAUUCACGGGAUGAAGGCUUAUCACUCCAAGACGAGAUCCGCCGCUCAGAGAGAGUUUGCGGCGAGGACCAAGGCGGCUCUGGCGGAGAUUGAAGGGAAUGGAAACGCUCCGGCAGCGGACACGGGGGAUAAGGGCAAGAAAAAGGCGACGUCGGGCAAGGGGAAGAAUCAGGUGCCUAGGCUGGAAAAGGAGGAUAUCGAGAGAGAAUUGGUGGCCAUCCACCUGAGACACGGCUGGUUACAGGUGCAAGUCGACACGCCUGCAGAGAUCUCGGAGUGGUUGUACAACAUGUCGGCUGAUCUUGCUAUUCGACCGUACAAACUCAUCUCGAAAUCCCACACCCUCCCGCUCGGCCGGGAAAAUAACCUCAAGGCGAGCUCGAAACAACACGCUCUCGAACUCAUGCUUCAAGAGAUACCCGGGGUAACGCCUAGCGGGUCUGUGGGGAUCGCUGAAGAAUGGAAGUCUUUCCGCAGGUUGAUGGAGGGGUUCGAGAAAAAGGCGAGGGAGGAAGGGGUUGGGAGUGCGAGGAUCUUGUUGGAGGGGUGCAAGGUCCGACACUUGAAGACGGGCGUGCAGAACGAGAGAAACGUCGGGCGGGCCGUCUCGACGCAUAUCCACAACGCGUUGCGGGAGAGCGACCCGACGUUUCCCGUCUGACACCAGCGGAGCAGCGAGGACGUCCCGUUGUCGUCUCUGCUACAUGAGCGGACAUCUUGUUCCCGUGUACUUCUUGAUGUCUACUGGACAUGGACAUGGCGUCUCAUCCCCCAUGUCCGACUCGACAGCGGCUGCCAAGCUUGAAACAUGCCCCGUCUGCUUCCGGCUAUUUUGUGUUUUCGUCCGAAGCGUCCGAUGAUUAAUUACCCCGCAGCCCCCUGGACGGU